AUGUCGACCUACUACGAGCUUCGAAUGCUCAACAAGAUGAGCGAGUACACCAUCAACAAGAAUGCCCAAAACAUGCUCCGCUCCCAUGAUGAGUGGAAGUCUGGCAUCAUCGAUGAGAGUGAAUUGGGUCGUCGCGUUCGCAUGUCCCGUGAGAACAGAGCAGCAGUGAUCCAGACCAUGGUCAAGAUUGCCUCCAUCAUGCAAAAAAAGCCCGAGGAAUCAAAGUACGUCUUGAACAUCAUCGAGAUGUGUGGCGAGAUUGUCAGCAUUGCAGACAAGCCUCUUUCCGACGGGGGUUUCCCGUUCUUUAUGAAGCUGCCUCUGGAAGUCCGCCGUCGAAUCCUCGAGCUAUGCCUGUACAGCAGAGAGUACUACUACAAGGCCCGUGUUCUGACUCACUUGCACAAGAAGACGGACUGCAGCUGCCCCAAGGACAGCCGAUCACUGAUAUUGAUGCCACACAUCGGUGCUCUGGCAACCGUUUCCAAGCAUUUCAAUCAUGAGGUUCUGCAAUGUCUCUAUAAUACCAGCACCAUCUCCUUCCAAUGCGCUUGUGAGAUGGGCGCAAGUCUUCGCAGCUCUGCCUUUUUUCGCAAUCAUGUUCACAAGAUCCUAUUCCAUUGGUGGGGACCGAAUGCCGACAAGGACAUCAAGGAACUGCGCAAUUGUUCCGUCGAGGACUUGACCGUGGUGGUUGCGAAAACGACGAUGAAGGAGCCCACCAAGCGCGAGAAACUCAUCCGUGAAUCCUUUGCCCGUCUUGUUGCCAAGGCAUCCUUCCCCGAAGCCCUUGGAUUCGAGGAACUGUCUUCCCUACGUGGUCUCAAGAGUGUCCAUGUGAUGCUGGCCAAUAGGCGCCGUGUCACCGAGCUGUGCAGCAUGGAAGAUCAAGCAGGAUUGCAGAGAUGGUUGAAGAAAAGAAUUGUUGGCAACUCUGAAGGCGGAAACUCUGAGGGCGAUGACUAA